AUGGAUGGAAUCAAAUAUGCAGUAUGUACAGACAAAAGUAUUCGGUUAUUGGGAAAAAAUCAAUAUACUUCUAAUAUCGAAUCGGGAUCAACUAGGACAGAAAUAAAUAAACAUGCUCAAAUCUUAUAUACUAACUAA